AUGGAAAUUCAACCAGCUCACUUCUUGGAUACAGGGCGCAAUCAACUCUGUGAGACAUAGCGUCCUGUAGGACUAUAGCAGGCCAAGAUGGGCGUAAGCGUUGAAGCAGUUGAGGCUCCGGCAGCAGACAAUCCGCAGCGGCCAAGUAUCCUGGUGGUGGGCCCUAAGGAUGUUGGCAAACGAUCUUUGGUCCGCCGACUUGUGAGAGGUGCAAAGAGCGCACAAACGAGCAUACCAGGAGGCGUGGUCACCAGUCACAGGUGGUCCAUUGACACCAAAUACUACACAGCGGAUGUAAACCUGUGGGUGUCGCAUUCUGAGGACCUGUUAGAAGACACGGCAAAAGCUCAGGCCCUUGCGGCUGGCUGCGACGCACUUGUACUGGUCUUUGAUCUGAGCGAGGAGGCGUCGUUCGCAAGCGUCCAAGAUUGGGCCUCCUCGUUGGACCUUGCGACGUUUGACGUCCUGCUGUGCAUCGCCAACAAGGCGGACCUCGUCCCCGACCACCAUGCGCACGACAGCCUGCAGCAAGAGAGGCCGCUGCAAUGGGAGCAGAGGCAUCGCCUGGUGGAGGCGGGGGACUCAUCGGACGCGAAUGAACCGUCCGUUGGAUUCGGACGCCCAACCAAGGCUCUGGACGUCCGGCGGCAGGAGUACUCGGAGUGGUGCCUGGACAACGGGGUGGAGUACAUCGAGGCGUGCACGCUGGACGAGCACUUCGACCAACGGAUCUCGGUGGAUGGCGACAUGCAGGGCAUCGCGCGGCUGCGCAGCGCGCUGCACGCGCACAUGUGGCCGAGCAUGGUCAUGAAGCCCAAGCCGGGUGCGCGGCCUCCCCGCGCGCUGUCCAGCGGCGACGAGUCCGACUUCUCGACCGAGUACGAGUUACUCGAGGAGGACGGCGGGAGGGGGGGGCUGUCGCCGGAACGGAAUGCCGGGGCGUCGGAACCGGUGAGAGUGGACGUCUGCGCGGGGGGGGUGGAGAAGGCCCGUCGGAAGCGGGGGGGAGUGGCGGGGAUACGGGACGCGAGGCCAAGGAACAGGAAGGUGAAAGUGCGAGUCAGGAGGGCAGGAAAGAAAAGUCCGGGGCGGAAGCAGAGCCAGCGGAAAAGGAAGCGGGGGUCGGCGCGCCUUCUGCUACGGCUGCGCCUCAGACCGAGCGGAGCGAUGCCGGAACGCCUAUCGGUGGAUUCCGCCGGGCCGGUCAACCCGGUUCCGUCUGAAGAGCGUGCGAAGGAUUUAAACGGGAAUGCUUCGUUGCAUUUAGACGAGGCCGCGGCUAUGCGGGAGGUAGAGCACGAAGGGGAUUCGGACUUUGCGGAGAUGGAGCGGAUCAUGCACCAGAUGUCGAGCGUAAGGGACCGCUUGUCGGGGCUGCCGGACGGGGCCAGACGGGAGGAGGCAGCGCGGUAUGCAAUGCGGCUCAUGCAGAUGUUUGGGGGCGAGAGUGAUGGGGAAGCAGAGUAAGAGUUGCUUCAUUCGUAAAAUUUCCAUUUUUAAUUCUGUAACAUAUUCAUUUUAGCUUCUCAGUCGUGCUUCGAUACAUGGAUCUAACUGGCCGUCUCAAUUGCGAAGAUCACGAAGUAUCGCCACUUCAUUGCAGAGUCAUAUUCAAUUGGCG